AUUCUCCUUCUUAAUCGCCAAAAUGUCUCUCAAAGUCCCAAAAGCUAACAACAUCCAGCUUUUCAAGGACGGGUACAAGCAACUUUCAGGGCUUGAAGAUGCACUUCUUCGCAACAUUUCGGCCAUAUCUGAAUUGUCUGACCUUACCCGCACCAGUUUUGGGCCAAAUGGACGGAAUAAGCUCGUGAUUAAUCAUCUAGGUCGACUGUUCGUAACCUCAGAUGCCGCGACCAUCAUUCGAGAGAUCGAGGUUGUCCAUCCGGCCGCAAAGCUUCUUGUCAUGGCAUCGCAGGCUCAGGAGGCCGAGAUGGGGGACGCGACCAAUAUGGUGCUGAUCCUUGCGGGAGAGCUGUUGAAGAAGGCCGAGCAUCUGUUGAUAAUGGGUCUGCACCCCAGCGAGGUGAUCAAGGGCUAUGAACUUGCGUGCAAGAAGGCUCUUGAGGAACUCGACACGCUCUCAUGCAGCGAGCUUCCGAACCCAUUGACACAGGAAUCGCUAUCCCGUGCCAUUAAGCCUGCCAUUGCUUCGAAACAAUAUGGCUAUGAAGAUACUCUCGCGGCGCUGGUGGCUGAAGCUGCUCUCUCUGUGAUCCCGCAAAAUCCGAAAAAUUUCAAUGUUGACAAUGUCCGCGUGGUGAAGAUCAUGGGAGGAAGCUUGGCCACAAGCAGAGUUGUACAGGGUAUGGUGUUCGGGCGUGAACCAGAGGGUGAUACUAAGACCGUGACGAAGGGAAAAGUCGCGGUAUUCACAAACCCGAUCGAUACUGCUCAGACAGAGACGAAGGGAACUGUCUUGAUAAAAAAUGCGGAUGAGAUGCUGAACUUCACUCGAGGAGAGGAGAAGCACAUGGAAAAGAUCUUCGCAGAAAUCGCGGCUUCAGGCGUCAAAGUUGUCAUCGCUGGAACAUCCAUCGGUGACCUGGCGCUCCACUACCUCAACCGCCACCAUAUUCUCGUUCUCAAAGUUCUUUCCAAAUUUGAGCUCCGUCGCUUGUGUCGCGUAGUCAAUGCGACCCCACUUGCCCGCCUGGGCGCACCUACACCGGAGGAGGCUGGUUUCGUCGACGUUUGUGAGUGUAUUGAGGUUGGAGGUGACCGUGUCACAGUCUUGCGACAAGAGGGCGGUGAGAGCGGCGAGACAUCGCGUACAGCGACCGUCGUACUUCGUGGAGCGACGCAGAACCAUCUUGACGACCUUGAGCGUGCCGUGGAUGAUGGCGUUGGCGCGUUGAAGGCGUUACUGCGUGAUCCACGACUCGUACCAGGUGCAGGCGCGAGCGAACUCGCCCUGGCGAGACGCGUGGACACAUAUGGUGCUGGUUUGAGGGGUUUGGCGCAACACGCUGUCAAGCGGUUUGCGAGUGCGUUGGAGGUUGUGCCACGGACGUUGGCAGAGAAUGCGAGGGGUGCAGCCGAAGGUAACGAGGUCGUGGCAAGGCUAUGGGCGAAACACGAGAAGGAGGGCGGACAGGCCUGGGGUGUAGACGUUGAGGCGGAGACGGACGGAACGCUGUCGGCAGUUGAUUACAACAUCCUCGACUCUUUGGCGGCCAAAUCGUGGGCCAUCCGUCUAGCCACGGAGGCCGCUGUGUCUGUCCUCAGCGUCGAUAGCAUCAUCAUGAGUCGCCCCGCGGGUGGGCCAAAAAUACCGCAGCAAGCGGGCCAUUGGGAUGAGGAUUGAUCAGAGAGGCCUUCACCUGUGAGAGUAGACGGUUCGAAAACAUGAAUAGAAGUACAAAUUGCAGUAUACGCAUUCCUAGCCUUUUGACCAUUGUCUCGAGCCAGAGGAUCUGUAUGUUAAAUCUGAAAUUAUCUUGCUGUAGUAGUUUUC